GCAGCUGAAAGCGCCUUUUUGAAGUUUACCCUCGUUGAUACUGCUAGUCUGCUUUGGUUCAGCCGUUCAGGUGAGCGAGCUUUGAUACGUCCCCCAACAAAAAACCAAGAGGUCCAAGACUUUGAGAUUCCAAGAAAAUGCGAGAAAAUUAGAAAAUUUGAGAAAUAUAUUUUGUUCUUCCUCGUUUUUUUUUUUUUUUUUUUGGUGGGUAAGUAGUAAAAUCAGUGAAAGCCAAGCUGAGCUGUAGUUGCAGACCCACAAACGAAAAUGCAGAGAUUAUCUUCAAAAACCACGACUUUCUUCAAUAAGCACCCUCACUACCUCCUUUCCUCCAAAUCAAAUCAGCCCUUCAACCUCCUUCACGCAGCGUCACACUCCACGCACCAUGAAAUUCCCCAAUCCCAUCCCCCACACUAUCAAAUGGGUCUUCCCCAUACCCCUCCACAAUUCAAUCCAAACCGUAGAAAUCCCACCGAUCAGAGCAGCCACAAUCAUCUAUCAGACGAUGCAAGAACUGGGUUUGGGCUAGUUCGCCUUCAAAAUCACCCAGACGAUCAGACCCACAAACAGAGCCACGACGAGUUUGCUGCCGAUGUCGAAAAGGUAUAUAGAAUCUUAAAGAAAUUCCAUUCUAGGGUUACCAAAUUGGAGCUCGCUUUGCUAGAAUCCGGUGUUGUUAUGCGUUCAGGUUUAGCCGAACGCGUAUUGAAUCGCUGCGGCGAUGCCGGGAACUUGGGGUACCGGUUUUUUGUUUGGGCUUCGAAGCAGCCCGGUUAUAGGCAUAGCUACGAAGUAUACAAAGCUAUGAUAAAGAUUUUAGGGAAAAUGAGGCAAUUCGGUGCUGUUUGGGCACUGAUUGAGGAAAUGAGGAGGGAUAAUCCCCAGUUGAUGUCCCCAGAAGUGUUUGUUGUUCUGAUGAGGCGGUUUGCCUCAGCCAGGAUGGUUAAGAAAGCGAUUGAAGUAUUGGAUGAGAUGCCUAAGUAUGGUUGUGAGCCUGAUGAGUAUGUGUUUGGGUGUUUGUUGGACGCUUUGUGCAAGAAUGGUAGUGUUAAGGAAGCUGCAUUGUUGUUUGAGGAUAUGAGGGUUCGGUUUAGGCCGACGAUUAAGCAUUUUACGUCUUUGUUGUAUGGUUGGUGUAGAGAAGGGAAGCUUAUGGAGGCCAAGUUUGUGUUGGUGCAAAUGAGGGAGGCUGGAUUUGAGCCAGACAUUGUGGUUUAUAACAAUUUGCUUAGUGGGUAUGCUCAAGUGGGGAAGAUGAGUGAUGCUUCUGAUCUUUUGAAGGAGAUGAAGAGGAAGGGUUGUGAACCAAAUGCAACUUCCUAUACUAUUUUGAUUCAGGCGCUUUGUGGUCAGGAGAGAAUGGAGGAGGCAAUGCGGAUUCUUGUUGAGAGUCAGAGGGAUGGGUGGGAGGCUGACGUUGUGACCUACACUACAUUGAUUAGUGGGUUUUGCAAGUGGGGGAAGAUUGAUAAGAGUAAUGAGCUUUUGGAUAGUAUGAUACAGCAAGGACAUGCUCCAAAUCAGACGACUUAUUUGCAUAUCAUGGUUGCUCAUGAGAAGAAGGAACAGCUGGAAGAGUGUAUGGAACUUGUGCAGGAGAUGCGGAAGAUUGGUGUCAUUCCUGAUCUUAGUAUUUACAAUACAGUGAUAAGGUUGGCUUGCAAGUUGGGGGAGGUUAAGGAAGGGGUACGACUUUGGAAUGAAAUGGAAGCAGAUGGACUUGGUCCAGGGCUUGACACUUUUGUCAUAAUGAUUCAUGGGUUUAUUGGGCAAGGUUGUCUAGUUGAAGCUUGUGAGUACUUCAAAGAAAUGGUUGGUAGAGGUCUUCUAUCUGCUCCUCAUUAUGGUACCCUGAAAGAGCUAUUGAAUUCUCUAUUAAGAGCCGAGAAGCUUGAAAUGGCUAAAGAUGUAUGGAGUUGCAUCACAACUAAAGGCUGUGAGCUUAAUGUGUCUUCAUGGACAAUUUGGAUUCAUGCGCUAUUUUCGAAUGGCCAUGUUAAGGAGGCUUGUUCAUACUGUCUGGACAUGAUGGAUGCAGAUUUAAUGCCACAGCCAGAUACUUUUGCUAAACUCAUGCGUGGCUUAAGGAAACUUUAUAACAGGCAGAUUGCAGCUGAGAUAACGGAUAAGGUAAGGAAGAUGGCUGCAGAUAGACAGAUUACUUUCAAGAUGUACAAACGGCGAGGAGAAAGGGACUUGAAAGAAAAAGUUAAGGAGGUAAAGGAUGGGAGGAAAAGGAGGGCUCGCCGACGCCGUUGGGGUGGAGUGCAUGGUAGAGCUAAAAUUUUGUAGUUUGAAUGAGAAAGUUGCUAUGAAAGUAAAUGUCAUUCAGUCGGCAGAUUGUUUGGAGGUGAUAGGUUCUCAGCCAUUAUUUGUGUAAUGCACUCGUCAUGGAAGGGUGCAUAUGAAAUAGAAACUCUAGAUCCCUGCUUGAAGAAAAUGGGAGCAUUCCGUGCACUUAAGCACUUCGCAGUUUUGUGGGACAUUUGCUUAUGCAACCAUGAGGUGCAGAUAGUACCCCAUACUCAAGUCAGAUUCUAACAGCCUACAUUAGUCAUUUUUGUGCUUCUACUUAUCAAACAAUGAAGGAAAAUAAGCAUGUCUUAAAUAAUUAUGCCUCCGACUUGGAUUUUGUUUCGGGACCAGUGGCUAAUCUAUGUUCUUAAGGCUCCUCCUCAAUUAGUCGUGUUGAACAUUCCUUUGCAGCUUGCAUUAUUUGGCAUCUUCUUUACUAAACAUCUGUGAAAAAGUCGACUUCUCUAAACAAAGGUGCAAGCAGACAGCACAAAUGGGAUUGUAGACACAUGGCUCCAUCCCUGAUGCACUAGUUUGCCUUCUACAAAGAGGAAGUAGAUUUUCUUUUUCAAAUCAGUUAGGAAGGUAUAGUGUGUCUGAGGGUGCAUGGAUUAUCAGUUUCUUCUUGUGAAUUCAGAGAGGCUCAUAAAACUUUUCCUGCAUAUUUUAGCGCUUUUCCAGAAAUUGAGUUGGUGAAUGUAAAGCGACAGAAACUAAGUAAUAAUGGCCUUUUGUUGUCAUCUCCAACAAUUCUAUAUUCAUGACGUACUGUCCAAUUCCAACAAUUCUGUAUUCGUAACUGCGUCGAUAUGGUGUAUGCUUGAUGAUACUCCUUCAAUAGGGAUAUUGCAUGACAUUCUUGA